AUGCAAAUUCCCCAGUUAUCUAGUUCCUUGAGGCCUUACCGGUCUGAGAAAAUGAUGCAUCGUCCAUCGUCUAUUACAACUUGGAUUUGCAUCGCUUUUUGCCGCGUCAUGGUGGAGACUAACAGCCUCAGACUUGGUUUCAUUCACGAUGAAAGACUAGACCUUGUUCAACCGACUAGUCUACUCGACAAGUGGAUGAGUUCUGUCCUCGACGACGCUUUAGGUAUUCAAUGUCCGACAUCCCUCAACUUCACAACGUUGGAAAUAUUGUCAGACGAGUCGAUGAUCAAUACCAAUCAUCACCUUUUGGGUGGAGUUAGGGAAUUUGAUGGAAUUGUGUUGGCUGUCACUCGCUGUCAAGUUGGCGACGUCAUCGAGUCGCUUGCGUCGUCAGUUUCACCUUUACUCCGUCUGUAUUUCUCACCUUGCCCAACACCUGCAAUAUCUGAUAUGAAAAUCGAACGCUUGGAACUAUACCGCUUAAACGAAACCAAUCAAUACUCUUGCGGCAGUUUUAUCAUCUACAAGUGGCUGGAGGAAAAUAUUUGCUCCUUGACUGUAGAUAAGUUAAUCAAACGUUUGCUACUGGAUCAAACAACUCCGUUCAGCGUGAGCAAAGAACUACAAGAAUGCGCUCAGUUAAACGAUCACCAAUGGAAUCGAUCCUCGGAUACGGUCAGUUUCGAUCACAAAGGCCUUAUUCCUGAAAGUGCCAACUGGCAUCGACAACUCAACGGGAAAAAGUUGCGGCUGACCCUUUUGGAAGAUUCGCCUCUAGUGAUUUUGGAGCGGGAUUCAAAUCAAACCGUCACAGGAUACAAAGGAUAUUGUUACGAAAUCAUUCGUGCUCUCCAAAACCUGUACAACUUUACGUACGAAUUAAAACUUCCAGAGGACAACACUUUCGGUAAAGAAAUGCCGAAUGGCAGUUGGAGUGGAAUGAUUGGAAUGAUUAUUGAUCAGAAAGUUGAUAUUGGUGUUGGCCCGUUUUCUGUCACCCAUUCUCGAUCAAAAGUCGUCGCCUUUUCAACGGCUUUUUUCGCCGAUUCCGCCGCUAUACUUAUCCCACCUCCGGCGGAAGAAAAUCGAUUAUUAGCUUGCACGAAACCCUUUCAUUUGGAGACUUGGAUUGCUUUGAUCGCGUUGGUGACUAUUCUACCCGUAAUACUCUGGAUUUAUUUCAAAUGUUUGUGCCCCCGUUACAACGCAAUAUGCCCCGUUUUAAUGAAGAACCAAUUUUUCAUUCUCGGAGUUCUCAUUGGUCAAUCUGGACAAAAGUUGCCCUCUAUUGGAUUUUCGCCUCGUUUGCUUGGAAUUGUUUGGUGUUUGAGUGCUGUCGUGUUUGCCAGCGCUUACGUCGGAAUCCUAAUCUCCUUUCUGCGUUUCCCUAAACUAUCGCCCAUCAUCGACCGACUGGAAGAUCUGCCCGGAUCUCAUCUUCAAUGGGUUGUGCAACGCGGAACAGCUCUAGAUCCUCUUUUUAUUGAAGCUACAAAUGGGAUUUACAAAACUAUCGGAGAGGGGCUAUUGAGUAAACGACGUGGCACUCUUAUCGAUACGCAUGUUGACGGAAUUCUCAGCGUCGUUAAUGGGAAUUGUGCUUACAUUGCAUACAAAUCGAGUCUCGAGCCUGCAGUUUAUGAAGAUGUCCGUCAAUCGGGCACUUGCCGUCUCGGUAUUGCCAAACAAGGAUUCUUUGAGGUUAACGUAGCGUUCGCCUUACCUAACAAUUCCCCUUUAAAACUACUCUUAGAUAAAAAGGUUCUUCAGAUGAUGGAAGCAGGUCUUGGGAUUUAUUGGAAGAAAGUUUACUGGCCUCCAUCGGGUAGUAAAUGUGGUGACGUCAGACAAUUUGAUACCGGACCGAAAAGCCUCCGAUUGUCAGAUUUACAAGGCGCUUUUCUUAUUUUAACCGUCGGGUCGGGAUUGGCUUUUUUCAUCUUUUUAGUAGAGAAAUUUUUUACCCAGCCAUGUCGUUUUUUAUUCAACGUAUUGAGAUACUUGAAGGGAAAAGCUGUCGUUUUAGUGCCGAAAAACUGACUCGAUCGUUGUAGUUAAUAUAAUUCAUUCGACCUGUAUCUCGGUGCUUUAAAUGUGUAAUUGAUUCAUUCUUUCGUACGUAAACCUAACGUGUAUUUAUUCACAAUAUUGCAAAAGCACGGAAAAUAAAUGCGCCCACUCCGCACCCAGGUCUAGGUAAAGAAAACGUAGGUAGGUGUCGCUAGUGGCGAUUGUUUGGUUUGCACACCAAAUGCCAUCAUGGCCGACUGUCUGUGGUUCUAUGGUACUAGUGUGCUGAAGAGUGAAGAAAUGAGCUUCCUGAGCUUCCUGGCUUCUGUCCUUCAAGUUUCAACUCUGGUCAUGGGCAGUGCAUUGUGUUGUCACUGUUAACCUGGAGAACACAAGACUUCUUCCCAUCCAAUUGUGCUGGGUCCAAUAUGUUUUCUAUGAAAAACAGCUUAUAACAGGUAGCUGAAAAGUCCUCGACCAUUUGCCCUUGGCUCCAACCAAUUUUCCGUCACUCGGACCAUCUCGUACCUUGAAGAUGCAAUACAAAAUCAUAAGUUGAAGCGGGCUGACAGGUAAUCUAGAACUACGCCUCCUUUGAGCGGCCCGGACAAUCCUUUAGGGUUGCCAUUCCAUCGAGGCUUAAACGAGGAUGACGCGGAGGUGUUGGCCAUUGAGGGGUGUUGGUGACAAGGAGUCACUGAACGAAACGCUAAACCAAAUGAAACAAAAUAUUAAAAAAGACCCAACCCCAACAACGUCAACCCGAAGAAAGAAAAAGGCCCAUUCCCAUGUCCUUCACGCUUGAAGGUCACGAGAAACAUUACGUAAAACUGGCAUGCAGUGGUGUAGAGGUUGGGUGAGAAUGACACGUGUUGCUUCAUUAUCAAGCAGACCCAUCCCCAGCAACGUCUACCUAAAGAAGGAAAUAAAGGCCAGUUUGCAUUUCAAUCGAAGGUCAUGGAGAUCAUUACGAAAAGGUGUCAUACAGUGGAGAAGAGGUUGGGUGAGAAUGGGACGUUUUGCAUCAUUAUCAAGAAGGUAAAAUAGCCACAAGGCUUGAGAGGAGGGGUGAGAAAAAGUCGUAUAAAAGGCGAGAGAAAAGUUGACUGGGAUCAGUCGAGUGAGUGUCUCCGAUACGGCAACAGCUGCAUUAUUCGUCCUAAUAUCAGUUCGCAAUUAUGGUUAAUUAUGGCGUUGUGUUGCUGUGGGUGUCGUAUCGUUGAUGUCGACCACGAGAGAAAAUCUUUUAAAAGGGAAGAAAAAAGGCAACGGAAGUCAAUCGAGUGAGCAUCUCCGACCAUGCAGCAGCUGCAUUCUUCGUCGUAUUAUCAGGUCACAAUCACGGUCUGGUUAUCUAUGCUGUCGUGCUGCUAUUGGUUGUUGUAUCGUCGAUGGCUGGGUGGACGGCUGGUGUUCCGAUGUCUCCUGGAUAAGGCGGAUACCAAACCGCAACGCCACCGCCUUACUACACAACAACAUACGCAACGACCAGUUACUACACCGAGGUUGCACAGUUGGGUUUACAGUUAAGCCACCAAGGAUCCAGAUUAUUACACCACAACUUGUGUUGCUCCUCGAGCUACACUACCAAGACGCUAGAGUACUACACCGAGGCUCCCAAGUACUACACCACCAAGGCACCUUAGAUUACGCAACUACGUAUGCUGCCCCAACCAACGACACCGAGGCUUCAGCUUAUUACACAACCAAAGCUGUCGGAAUUCUACACUGGAGCGCCCAAGUACGACAGAAAUCAGUCAAGUUAGCUUCUCCGACACCCAACACGGCAGCCCUGAAGUUUCGAAUAAACUUCGCUUCAAACAGUGGAACGACAAAGAGUGAAGACGAAUUCUACUGCAAUCGCGUCGAAUUGAAUAGCAAAGACAACACAUUCGUACGUGUACACCGCGUCGUUAAACUUGACAUUGUUGGUCGGAAAGCCGAACUUGACGAUGGCCGUACCAUCACCUACGACAAGUGCGUUAUUGCCACAGGUAGUAAACGAAAAUCUUUUCCAAUCCCUGAGCGGUGCCCUUAAAGAUGUCCACGAGCACGUCACGCUGUCCCGCAACAUCGAUGGCGCUAACACAUGCCGAGUCCUCUAAAUGUUUAACCAAUGGACAACCGAGAAGGUGAAAGCGGAAAGUGUUAAUGUUUUGCCCAAAGCUUAUGUUUAGGCUGCAAUUUUGGAAGACGACGAGGUUGCAUUGACCUUAAACGAUGGUCAAAAGAUUUAAACUGACCAUGUCGUCUCUGUUGUCGGUUAGGACGCGAACACGGGUUUGGCUGUCGCUUCUGGUUUGGAAAUAGAUUCCAAUUUUGGUGGUUAUCGAGUCAAUACCGAGCUCGAAGCACGAUCGACCAUCUGGCUUGCCGGAGAUGCUGCCUUCUUUUGUGGUAUCAAAUUGGGUCGUCGUCGUAGGGAAUAUCAUCACUUUGCUGUUGUAUCAGGGUGAUUGGCUGGAGAGAACAAUACUGGCAACGAAACAUGGAUGAACAACUGCAGUGUACUCUUCCCAAGUGCAUUCUUCUUCGUAUUAUCAGUACGCAAUCGGUUGAUGAUGGUGUUGUGCUGUUGCCGUUUGUCGUAUCGUUGAAGGCUGGCUCGAUCACUGGUGUACCAAUGUCUCCUGUGUAUGGUGGAUACCAAGGCACCACACCGCCGCCUUACUACACAACGACAACAUUCGCAACAACCGGUUACUACACUGAGGCCCACAACUACUACAUCACCAAGGCUCCAGAAUAUUACACCGCAGCUAACGCUGCCCCGAGCUACAUCAUCAAAGAUCCUGAGUACUACACCGAGGCUCCCAAGUACUACACCACCAAGUCACCGGAGUACUACACCUACACGUAUGUUGCCCCAGCUUACUACACCGAGGUUCCCAAGAAUUAUAUAGUUCCUAGCUACUACACCGAGGCUCCAACUUAUUACUCCACCAAAGCGGCUGAAUACUACACCGAGUCGCCCAAUUACUACACCAACAAGGCUCCAGAUUAUUACACCACAACUUAUGCUUCCCCGAGUCACAACAACGCAGCCCCGAAGUAUUACUCUGCCUCAAGCUAGACAACUAUAACUUAGGUGGCCGAGUAAAACGCAGCCCCGACUUACUACACAGCGGCUGCUCCUUCGUACUACGUUGAACCGGAACACUACACCGAGGCUCCAGUUUACUACCCCACAACCUACGCUACACAUAGCUGCUACACCGAGGAUCCUAUGUUCUAACCUACCAAGGCACCUGAGUAUUAUACCACUACUUACGCUGCUCCGACCAACUACACCGAAGCUUCGAAGUAUUACUCUAUCCCGACUUACUACACCACUGAGGCACCUGAAUAUUACACCACACCCUACGCUUCUCCAACUUACUACAUGGACGUUUCUGAAUACUAAAGUCGAAUUUUCAAUUUUAAUAAUCAUGUUCAUUUUUGUCGGUCAUAUCUUAAUAAUUACUAGUUACUGGGAAUUGUUGAUCUUUAAAGAGAAAAAGAAUUUUUUAACCUGGGUAAUCACUUUGUACGACUUCUCUUGCCACCUAAAAGCCUUGACAUUGCGACGUUUUCUGAUUUUUAUUGGAUCUUUCCUAUUUCGUAUGUUGGAGGUGGCUAUUUCUCUAGUCGCUCUGCAUUCCGACAUGUUCUAGUGUUUGGACGAACUUUAUUUACAGGGCAAGAUUCGAAACAAAUGUACUGUGGUGUUAACUAAAAAUUUUCGAUGUUAA